GAGAAGAGGACAGUAGUUUGCUGAGCAGCCAAGACUAUACCUUCUCCUCACCUCCUCCUCAGCAGAGUCUGAAUCCCACUACUGCUGAGAAGCAUAUUAUCAGUCCCCUUGCAGUCACAGGCAGGCCACUCAUGGUACCCGAGAAGACUCAGCAGGAGCCUACACAGGGACCAUGCCUGGACAUUCCCAAACUGCCUGAGGGUCAGAGCUGGGUGGCAGUAGGACUGUGCAGUUCAUACUCAGGCUGGACUCCCUUUGCAAGCGAUACACACAUUACGAGGUGGACGUUCAGGAAAGCCAUGUUCAGGAAACAGGUUCCUGGGUAUCCGCAUUACCCCAAGAGUUUCUGGAAGGAGACAUAUAACAUGCACGGCAGCCAGCCUCAGACAGAAACCUGACAGCAGCUGUCAGCACCCCUGCUGGGACAGAUCUGGACCUCACAGCAGCAAAAUCCCACUCAGAUUUACUUCUUCCUCCUUCCUCUUCCCACAACAGGGACAUGAAGUCUGGAGUCUGACCAAAAUGUCUCACUGUCAAGGUACAGGAGGUCAACCAACAGUGGUGAGAACUCAGACUGGGCUCAGACAGGACACUCUGGGCGACAUGGGUUAACAAUAUCCUCUCCCAACAACAGAAAAGCUACCACCCACCCACUUCAAAGACACCUUCAAGGUCUAUUUCCUAGACACUCUGAGCCAGCAGGUCUGGAGUAAAGUCCAAGAGCUGCAUCCUGAAAGAACUCCUUGAAGAUCCUGAAGGAAGAAAAAAUCACAGGCCUAUCAAGCGACAGCGGAAGGCACAGAGACUACAUGUGGCCUAUGAGGACUCAGAUGCUGAGAAAAGUAAGGGGACUGACCCUCUUGUGACCGCCUGGGAGCCACAGGACUGGAAGCAGCAGCUAGCCAAUAUCCGCACCAUGAGGAGCAGGAAGGAUGCACCCGUGGACCAACUGGGGGUUGAGCACUGCUAUGACCCCAGUGUCCCCCCAAAGCAGGUACAGAGGUAUCAGGUGCUGCUGUCCCUGAUGCUUUCCAGCCAGACCAAAGACCAGGUGACAGCAGGCGCCAUGCAACGACUUCGGGCCCGGGGCCUGACGGUAGACAGCAUCCUGCAGACAGAUGACAAGACGCUGGGCGAGCUCAUCUACCCUGUGGGAUUUUGGAGGAGCAAGGUAAAGUUCAUCAAGCAGACGAGUGCCAUCCUGCAACAGCGCUACAACGGGGACAUCCCAGCCUCUCUGGCAGAGCUGGUGGCACUGCCAGGCGUUGGGCCCAAGAUGGCGUACUUAGCUAUGGCGGUGGCCUGGGGCACCGUGUCAGGAAUAGCUGUGGACACACACGUGCAUAGAAUUGCAAAUCGACUGAGGUGGACCAAGAAAAUGACCAAAUCCCCAGAGGAGACCCGCGUUGCCCUAGAGGAGUGGCUGCCCAGGGAGCUGUGGAGUGAGAUCAAUGGGCUAUUGGUGGGCUUUGGCCAGCAGAUCUGCCUGCCCAUCCAUCCUCGCUGCCAGACCUGCCUCAACCAGGCCCUUUGCCCUUCCGCCCAGAGCUUCUAAGGGCGAUGGGGUUUCAGCUUGGGUCUUGUUGUUGCUGUUACCUAUGAAGUGCCUUUGGGGGAGAGCGGGGUUCACAAUUUGGGUAAUAAAGCUUGGGGAUGGUUUGCA